AUGCCCAGCGAUUAUCCCAACAAACGCCGACGUGGCAAAGAACGUGUCCGAGUAACUCGAGCCUGUGAUGGAUGCAAGCGGAAGAAGCUACGAUGCUCUGGGACACUUCCGUGUUCGCUCUGUCUGCGAUCGGGUGCUGAUUGCGAGUACAACGCGGAAUACAAUAGAGGCAAAAAGACCGAGAUUCCUCUUCUUGAUCAGCACAAAGUAGUGGCUUUACAGUCGCCAUCGGUUCCAGGUCAGUCAGUUGUCAACAACAAUGUACGGACAUUGGACACUGGACUUCAAUCGUCAGAGCGAUCAGUCAUUUCCGCCGACGAGCGGUCUCUUCCCGCAACUUCGUCGCCAACACAGGUGCAUAGGGGGAAUGCGGGUCGAGAUCAGACAUCUUACAGCAUAGGUAUUGAUUCCCAGGUCGAAUCGUCCGCACAGGUAAUAUCUACGCCUCGAGUGCCGAAUCCUCAUCUAGCAGCACUGCAAGGCGAAGAGGGGACCGAGAUAGUGUCUUCGCGUACUUCUCCCGAGAGAGACCAAACAGACCUAGAAGGUCAUUAUGUGGGACCAUCAUCAGGUGUGUCCUUUUUACUUCGGGUUCAGAAACGGAUCCACGAAAACGUAGCUGUCUUUUCAAAUGGGCCCAUUUUCAACUUUGGAGAUGCACCUUUGCCAAAACUCGAUCCCCAUUUCUUGGUCCUUCCACCAAAAGAUGAAGCGAAAGCUUUGGUUAAUCGAUAUUUUGAUUUUGCAUUUCCAACCCAUCGUUUCUUACACCAGGCCACAGUCGAAGGAUGGCUCGAAACAUUUUACUCAGAUGUGCAUGGUUCAGAUGAUACAUUGAGCCAGGCAAUCAAAGCCUUGUUGUUGAUGGUCAUGGUUCAGGGAAAACAAUAUCUUCCAAGCCAAGAUUCGGCUGUUGGCCAGUCUGUGAAAAGCAAUGUAUACUUUGCGGCUUCUGAAAACCACUUACUGUCAGAAACCGGCUCAGUAAGGCUUGAAAGCAUUCAAGCCCGUCUUGCUCAAUGUUUUUACCUCUUGUCAGAAUCCCGAGUUAACCACUGUUGGAGUCUGUUUGGUACAACUGGUCGCCUUGCUCUCGCUAUUGGUCUACACAGACGCUGGCGGCGCGAGACCAUAUCUGAUCAUAUUGAGAAUGAGUGUCGAAAGCGGGUCUUUUGGUGCGCAUACAGCUUGGAUAUCUACCUCAGCGCUGCAUUGGGGCGCCCGAAAAUAUUUCAUGACGAGGAUAUUGACCAAGUAAGACUUCCUGAUGAUUGGCUGAAUAUUGCUAAACAAUGUGUCAAGGAGCUUCCAGCAUGUGCAAGUGAUAGCCAAAUCACGAGAACUGCAAUAUUACCGACAUUUUCCCAAGGCCAGAGCAUUAUGUUAGCGCCUGUUUUCCAUGCAAAACUCGUGAAGAUAAUAAGUGGAAUCCUGAAAGAUCUCUACGGACUCCAACAGAAAAACAUCGAAGCCCAAACAGUUAUUGCACAGAAGUACGGUGCUGAUCUUGCAGAUUGGCGGAGUGGGAUCGGUCCAUUUCUUGAAACUCCCAACAUUGAGCUCCUUCAACCUACGUACCAGAGACAGUACAACGUUCUUCAUCUAGCAUUCGCGCAUGCGGAGAUCCUAUUAUACAGACCGUUCCUUCUUCGAAAUCUAGCAUGUCUAGGAAGACGUGCUGGCCCGAAACAUGCACAGCUACAGCAAGAUAUCCGAGUCAAUGUUGACCGAUGUCUCCAGGCCGCUUUGAGGAUAGUAGGCUUAUUCAAACAGCUUUGCAGGUCAAAGCGAAUGUACAGAUCAUUUUGGUUUACCCAUUACUACGUGUUCUGUGCCAUUGUCGUGCUGUAUGUCUAUGUGAUCCAGUACCGCACUAGCUCGGGUAAAUAUCUCGGGCAUUAUCUACAAACAGGUGAAGAGGCACAGAGCGAACUUGCAAAGUGUGGGACAAUAGCAUCGUUUCCGCAGCGAUAUGUGGUUGUUCUCGAAGAGCUGCGGAAAGAAGCAAUGAGACUCAUGGGCCAGUCUUCGAUGUUAAAUGGAACUGGAGAAGGCUCACAGGAAAACGUCUCCGAAACCGAAAAGAAUGAUACUGAAAUGCUCGCACCUCAUCAAAUGGCUCAUAAAGUUGGACCCUAUGGGGAUGCGGUUCAUGAACAGCAAGAAUCCACCUCGCCAAACUGGUUUCCUAAUUUUGUUCAGGACCCUAGUCCGGCGUCUUAUCUUGCGGACAUGACAGGUUGGGGCGAGUUUGACUCGCUAGCUCUGACGGGCUUAGGGGAGUUUAGCCAGUUCUUCCCAGAUAGCGAUGGUCAAUACUAG